CUCUGUUAGUGUUGCUGACGAGACGCUGAAAGCAGGUUCUCCCUUUCCAGCUGAUCGACCCAUUUGAUCAGCUCCUGGUGGAACAUCGUCAUGACCUGACGAAUUGUCCCUUUCCUAUUUAAUCAUGAAUGACAAGCUGGUUUUUCUGGGCCUCCUGUACUUUGUGCAGGGGAUCCCCUAUGGUCUCCAGUCCUUGUUGCUCCCUGUCUACCUCCGUGGGGCGGGCCACUCCCUCACCCACAUCGGCUUGACCAAAAUCCUCUACUUCCCCUGGGUGCUCAAGGUCCUCUGGGCACCCCUGGUGGACCGUGUGGGCACCAAGCGGCGCUGGCUGGUGGCCACGGUCUCUGGCCUGGCGCUUACUUGUCUCUCCAGUGCCGCUCUGGCCCCGGAGGCCCACAUCUGGGGAGUGGUGGGGACUCUGCUGGCCAUGAAUGCCCUGGCGUCGGUUCAGGACAUCACAGUGGACGGGGCUGCUGUGGGACUGCUGAAGGGCCGUAGCGAGCUGGGCCUGGGCAACAUGGCUCAGGUGGUGGGCUACAAGGCCGGCUCGGUGUUCGCCGGGGGCGGGCUCCUGGCUGUGAUUGACGUGGCUGGGUGGGGCCCUAUGUUUAUGCUGUUGGCCUUUGUGUACUUCGGGGUGGCACUGUUUGUGUUGGGGGCCCCCGUGCUGGACAAUGAGCUGUUGAGGGGCCAGGCAGAGGGGAGGAAGGGGGUCCAGUCGGACGCUGUGCAUCCCUGGAGGGUGUGGCGGAAGCUGCUGUCAGUACCUGGGACGCCCUGGACCAUGAUCUACGUUCUCACAUACAAACUGGGUAAAUCUGCUAGUCAGUCUUUCAGUAGUCAGAGGCAGCACUCUCCUGUUAGCGUUCAGAUAGUUAGCGUUCAGAGGCAUCUCCUGUUAGCAGAGGCAGCACUCUCCUAUGAACAGCACUCUCCUGUUAGCGUUCAGAGGCAGCACUCUCCUGUUAGCGUUCAGAGGCAGCACUCUCCUGUUAGCUCCUGUUACGCCAACUGCGUUCAGAGGCAGCACUCUCCUGUUAGCGUUCAGAGGCCAUCACAUGACAGCACUCUCCUGUUAGGGUUCUGGAGGCAGCACUCUCCUGUUAGCGUUCAGAGGCAGCACUCUCCUGUUAGCGUUCAGAGGCAGCACUCUCCUGUUAGCGUUCAGGCAGCACUCUCCUGGUUCAGAGCCAGCACUCUCCCAGUUCAUAUUGGCUCUCUGAUGAGGCGUGUGUUUGUGAUGCGGACUGUCAGUAUGGUGUUCCAGAGCUCCCUCCUGACCAUACUGGAACCUUCCCCGCUCAUGAAAGGUAUGGCCGUGUUGAGUUUGAGCAUUCAGCACUUCCUGGGAGGCCUCAUCACAACGCUCACUUUCACAACCAUGAUGCACUGCACACAGAGAGCGGAGGAGAGUGUACAGGCCACCCACUACAGUUUCCUGUCCACUCUGGAGGUACUGGGGAAGCUGAUGUUCGGUGCCCUGGCAGGGGGCCUGGUGGACUGGGUGGGUUUCCCCACUGCCUUCCUCCUUUUCCUGGUCCUCUCUGCUGGAACAGCCCUCCACAUCUGGAAGGCCACAGACACAGGGGCCCUCAGGGAAGAGCCCAAGUGAUCAGCUUUUUGUUCUAGCCUUUACUAACACAUCAGAUCAAGCUACUCAAGGGGUCGAUAAUCAGUUGACUCGUUGAACAAGCUGUGUGAGUGUAGGGUUGGAACAAAAACCUCCACACCCUAUAGGUGUCCAGGACUAGGGAUGGUGAUCACUGAGAUUGAGGAGGAAGUAGUGUGUUGCAUGAGUGCGAAGCAAAUUCUGUCGUACGUCGGCGUCCUAGAAAAACUCUGUAUCUCACUUUUUUUUAACAUAAAUUGAAAGUUUCACAGAACAUUCCACUCCAUGUUCUGUGAAAGAUUGAUGAAUCUAGUACUAAUAUAAGUAAUUCAAAGCCAUGUGAAUUCCCAUUAAUAUAUGGCAACAACAACAUUGUUUCAGAUUCCUGAAAAGUAAACUUUUUUGUACAAGAUUUUUCCAGGACACUGAUUAGUAGCUAUAUUGAGUUGGGAGAUUGGAUCAGUAGCAUAAGGGAUAGGGAGGACAAUAAAUGGGAAAGCUGUUAAGGGGUUGUUGGAGAACAUACAGUACCAUCUGAGCCAUUUUCAUAUUUGCCAAGGCUGCAGUAAAAUGUAAUCCAGCAGUUAUACUUAGUCAUUGAUUAGCCUGCGAUGAAGGUUAUAUAUGUCAUAUCAGUUUCCUUUUUGAACUUGUUCUGUGGUGACGUUUAUGAAUGAAUCCCUACUACCUCUUAUCAACACUGUAAGAUACGCAGAAGAGUCUAGUGAGCAGUAGAAUACAACAUUUGCUAGCUAGUGUGCAAUUUUGAUUAGAGGUAGCUAGCUUGAACCAUUACUCUGCUAUCCUAGGUUAGUUGUUAGCGCAAUUAGAGAACCAGGUCAGACUUUAUUUAUAUAGUCUGGAUUUUCCAUCUGUAGAUGCUCUACAGAUGGUCAUACUAUCAACAAACUAUCUGUUGAUAAGCAACUGCUUGCUAUGGUUACUGUUAGGUUUAGGGUUAAGGUUAGGGUACGGUCUAAGCUUAGGGUUAUGAUUAAGUUUAGGGUUACAGCUAGGGUUAGUAGAUAGUUAGUUGAAAUGUUACUGAUGGUCUAUAUCUACAGAUGGACUAUCCAAAUAAAGUAUUACCGAGAACAGUACUGUAGCCUUACAUUUUGUAUGGUGGUUAGUUUUACAAGAUUGGCAAAAAAAAUAUGAAAAAAUGAUAUUUAUAUGUAAUUUGACAUAUAUGCUGAUUGUUUUACUACCUGCUGAUAUUGCUUGUUUGAGUUGUUAAAUAAUGUGUAAAGUUCUUGAGAAUAACACACACCUUAUCUAAUCACAGAUGGUGCAGUUCAUUUGACUGGUGAGAGGCGUCUACUGGCAAAAGGACUGAAAUAUUCAACCAAUGCCUCACACUGAUUGAAUACCAUCUGUCUUUUGUUUACCGUAUCACACAUUGUGAUGGCUGAAUUACAAUAUAACAGAUAGUCACAGGGAUGACAAUCACAGGGGACAAGUCAAAGGGAUGACAGUUCAGAGGUGGCAUAGUGACACAAGGCCUAGGCAGUUUCAGAUAGAACCAGAGCAGCCAUGUUAUCAACUGUCAUGAUCAGCAAGGUCACUUUGACCAAUACAGCCAAGUCCACGCUAAUGUAAAGCACCUGUUGCAAAGCACACCCCUGCCUCUGACAUGCUGAGAGAUUGUCACAAAAUAAAACUGCUACCCAAAUGUCAUAUCCUGUAAUAAUCCUCUACCUGAACGUACCUGUUUUUAAUACUGUCACUUUGGCAUCAGUCUAAAAAAGAAUCAUAGUAAGCACCUGUACAUUUGAAAGAUAGAAGCAUAAAGUUAAUAUAUCAUACAAAUUAUAUCCAGCCGACUGAAUAAGAUUUAGGCUUGCCAUUGUUGGGGACAUUACACCAUGCCAAAUCUCGGGACACAAUUAUGUCUUCCUCACACACGUCUAUCAUAUAUCAGGAUCCUCCUGAUAACCAUAGCU